UUCAAUCAGCAAAUACCCCAAGCCGAGAUAAAGUGGGUAAAUAGAUAGAAUGGCAAAAGUCAUCUUUACCCCUUGGAAAGACGCCUCCGAGCUACUCGCCGUUCGGUCCUUCUUCUAUCCUGCUGAGUCUUAUGAUGGGACUGAUAUGCGAUCCACCGCUUGUGCUAUAGUCGCUGCAUGGAAACUACGCGGCAAUUUACCACACGCUGUGGAAGCGACGGCGCUCUUGACCGAUGCUAUCUUGCAUGAUGAUGCAGAGAAGAAUUCCAUCUUUGCUAUUCGGGCGACUUAUUCUGCUGCGUUUUGUCGAUUCGUAACCGCCCUCGUGGACUCCAAACAACCCGGCCAACGGAAGACCAUGUUCCAGCGCGCCGUGGACCUAGGCCUUCCAGCAUCAUUCGUUGAACUUCGACACGAAGCCACGCACCGCGAGCCGCCCUCGCUCGUCGUGCUGCGCAACGCCACCCAGCGCUCGCUGGAGUGGCUGUGGGAUUAUUACUGGGUCAAGGCCGAUCCCGACGCCGCUUUCUUGCCGCCGCCGCCUACUGAGGCUGAUGAUGAGGACGCUCUGCUAGUGCUUAGGGAAGCUGUUCGCGACUGUGUACGAUUGUUUUUGGAGGAGGGGGAGCAGCAAAGCCAGCAAGAGCAGCAGCAGCAGCAACUGCCCGCAAGGAAGAAGCGGCGUGUGCAGACGCUUAUGGGGACGUCGUUGGCUACGAGGUUGGGGUCGGUGUGUACGGAGAAGGAGGGGAGGAGGGCUGUUUGUGGGGGGUUGGUGGAGGAGGGGGCGCUUAUUCCUGGGGGGCGAAGACUUGACGACUCCAUGGACGAUGCCUUCUCCCGGUGGGACCCAUGCCUACAGACGCUGACAGACAGCUGUCCGGCUUUCCUAACGUCUCUGGCAGAGGAGAUGGUGGAUAUGCUCGCCUUCACGGUAGCCAAGGCCAAUAGCAAGGAGAAGGACGACGCCUACCGCGAAGGGAUCUUCCUGUGGUUGGACCACAUCUUACGAUCGACAGAGUGGGCGUCUCGCCGGCGGGUACUGUCGUUGGUGUAUGCGCGGGCUGCGUGCGAGGCGAGCUCCGGCCAUUGGAUGCGGUUGCUGAAGGGGGUGGUGGAGGAAGCGUCGUCAGGAGAGCCUCUGCGCAGAGCUGAGGCUGUGCUCGAGGCGGAUUCCAUGCAGGUGGAUGGGGAUGUGGAUGGAUCUGCGCGGGAAUUGGGGAAAUACGGUUGGGAAAUGGAUGGAGCUUGGGAUAGUCGGCCGUUGGGAGGGAAUCAUCAUCUUGUAUCACUCAGUCUCACGCCCCCUAUUGACCCUCAAUCCAUGAACUUCUUCACAGCCCUUAGGCCCACAGCUGGACUGCGCCCUUAUUUGUCCCUGACCCGAUUUUCAGUCCGUCGCGCACCGACACGAUUACAAUCCAGAACCAUGCACGUGCAUUCGAUUCCCAUGUGGACCGGGAAAGGCAAUAACUAUGCCUAUCUGGUGACAGACGAGCCGACCAAGCAGUCUGUUAUUAUCGAUCCGGCCAAUCCGCCCGAAGUGGCUCCCGUGCUCAAGUCCCAGCUUGAGGCUGGGAAGAUCGACUUGACUGCUAUCGUCAAUACCCACCACCACUGGGACCACGCUGGCGGCAACGAGGAAAUGUUGAAAAUCUUCGGCAAGCUUCCCGUAAUCGGAGGCCGCGACUGCCAGUCAGCGACGAAGAAGCCCGCUCACGGCGAGGUCUUCAAGAUCGGAGAUCGUAUCUCCGUUACGGCGCUGCAUACCCCGUGUCAUACGCAGGAUAGUGUGUGCUAUUUCAUGCAGGAUGGGGAUCAGAGGGUGGUUUUUACUGGGGAUACGCUCUUUAUCGGAGGAUGCGGCCGUUUCUUCGAAGGCACUGCCGCGGAGAUGCACAAGGCGCUGAACGAGACGCUUGCUUCUCUCCCGGAUGAUACCAAGGUUUAUCCCGGACAUGAAUACACCAAAGGAAACGUCAAGUUCUGCGCUACCGUGUCGCAGUCGGAGCCCAUUCAAAAGCUGCAGGCGUUUGCGGACCAGAGCCAGCAGACGCAGGGGAAGUUCACCAUCGGUGAUGAAAAGCUGCAUAACGUGUUUAUGCGUGUUGAGGACCCUGAGAUCCAGCAGAAGACGGGCAAGAAGAAUCCCGUGGAGGUGAUGGCUGCGUUGCGGGAGAUGAAGAAUAAUAUGUAG